AUGAUAUAUCUUUAUAGAAAGGUCAAAAAUUCUCGAAAGCAGCGUCAACAUGCAGCACUUGAAGAGUACAGCGAUCACGGUCUGGCACAUGGCCACGAGCUGCAGAGCACAACUGGUGCCACUUCACAGUCCGCGCUGAAUACACCACAAAACCAGGCCGUAGACGCCAAAACCGACAAAAAGAAAAAGAUUCUUACUGCAGAGGAAAAGGCAGAAAACAAACGUCGAAAUAUUUAUCGGUGGAAACUCGUUUUGGGUCUUUUCGGGCCUUUUGCCUUGCAGGCGCUUGAUACGACCAUUGUUGCUUCUGCUCUUACACGCAUCGCAGAAGACUUUCAUGAGAUCAAGCAGUUAAAUUGGAUCAUUUCGUCAUUCAAUCUUACCUCGGCUGCGUUUCUCUUCUUCUGGGCUCAAUUGGCCGACAUUUUCGGUCGUCACGCCACUGUGCAAGCUGCCAUUAUUGUAAUGAUGGUAGGGUCAGCCAUUUGUACGGGUGCACCAACCUCAUCGUUCAGCGUACUCCUGCUCGGUCGAGCCAUUCAAGGCAUUGGCUGUUCGGGAGUUAACAUCUCAGUGCGAACGAUCCUUGCAGAUCGAGUGUCGCUCGCGGAGUUUGCUACCAAUUGGACCAUCUUCGUUCUCAUCUCUGGUGUCAGCUUUGGUCUUGGGCCACUCAUUGGUGGCUACCUGUCGCAAACCUCGUGGCGAUGGUGUUUCGGUAUCAACCUCCCCAUUGCUUUCGCGUCAAUUUUCUUGGUCGCAUUUCUACUUCGAAAGGAGCUUGUCGGACCGCAACCGUUGCCUGAACUACGCGAAACCGAUACGUCCUCUACCCGCGGGCGUUUCUUCGCAAGACUCGCCACGAUCGACUUUGGUGGCCAGAUGUUAUUCCUCUGGGGCUUGGGACUGCUGCUUCUGGCGCUCACCUGGGGAGGUUCCACGUACUCUUGGAACUCAGCGGCUGUUCUGGCACCACUUGUAAUCGGUGCAGUUUUAGCCAUUGCAUGGAUCGUAUACGAACGCUCAAUGUCACCAGGUCAGACCAUGUCCCGUGUGUUUCCUCGGCAGCGGGCUAUGAUGCCUUGGGAUAUUCUUUCACAAAGAGACAACUUGCUCGUUUUCUUAAUCAACUUUGGUGGCGGCAUGGCCAUGUUUGCGGUCAUGUAUUUUUCCGACCUUUACUUUACACUGGUUGAUGGAAAAAGCUCUAGCGAAGCUGGUCUGGCGCUGCUGUACUAUAUGCCUGGACUGACUGUCGGAGUAUACAUGGCGAUCGUGGCCUCCAACGUUUGGCCCCGCCAGACCUUCCCGCCUCUUGUUCUCGGCACUACUACCACCGCGGUUGGAAUCACGGUGCUCGCAUGGGCGAUCAAGGAGCACAACUCCAAGGUUGUUUACGGCAUGAUGGCACUAAUCGGCCAUGGUGUUGCACUGCGACUGAACCCUGCGUCACUCCACUGCCUCGGAUACUUCCCCGACAUGACUGCCAAGAUAACCUGUUUGUCAUCCUUUGCUAUUCCGUUCGGAGGGUUGGUAGGCUUGACCAUCAUGUCUACCGUAUUCAACAACAAAAGUGGCAGCAAUCACCUGGAUCCUCAAACGGGCAUCUAUUACGCAUACGUGGCCAUGAUUCCGUUUAUGUGGAUUUGCGUGAUCAUAUCACUAUGCAUUGGAAAUGUCUGGUUGCUGAAGGGCGGAGACCACGAGGUUUUGAGGGGUUCGUAUCUGUGGAGGUUAAUUACGAGGAAGAGGCUGGAAACCGAGCGUCUGCACCGUGCUCAAGAUGCAUGGUCUCAGCCAAAGGAUCAGACCAACGUGUAA